AUGUGGAAAAUGUUGCAAGAACUACGCCUAAUUGGCGGAUUGGCACGUCAAAGAAGUACAGCUCUCCACAACACACCUUCCGUCAUGUGCCGUUUGUUUAGCUCCAGCACUACCAACAUGGCCCAAACGGACAGCGAUUCUUUCCUCAUUUAUGACAAGGAUCCGGCCCCAGCGUUCAUGCGGGACGAUGUACAGCAGCUGCUCAAGUCCAUCACACGGCUGGAGCUGGACAAAGUGUUCCGGAAGCGUUCGGUCAAAGACAACACGGUCGAGUAUCGGUUCAUGACCGAUGAACAGCUCCGCCAAGAACUGCUACGAUCGAUUGCAAAGGCCCAAAAAAUGCUCCAAAUGCCACCAGUCGUACAAGAACAGAAGGACAGCUAUCGAGUGAUAUCAAAGGACGGUGCACUAAAAGCCCUCUCGACGUCGAAAUUUGUCUUUACCGACAUAACGUACGGUUUGAAGAACAGUCAACGUUCGAUCGUGGUGCGCCAUCCGGAUGGCACCCUCCAGGAGGCGCCGUACGAAAUGAGGAAACGCUUGAAUCAGAUCUACUUCCCACUGACCGGGCGUUCCGUACACGAACCACCAAUGUUCGAGCACGCGAAUUUGCAUCGACUGCUCGAGGAGGGCAAGUACGAGUUCGUUCUCGAUCGGGCCUGCGUACAGUUUGAGCCGUACGAGAAAGAUUACCACCAAAUCACGGCCAAAGUGUACCAGCACGUAAACGAAAGCCGUUCAUUCGAUGCAUUACGCUCAACGCGUCACUUUGGACCGUUUGCGUUCUUCCUCGUCUGGCAUAGGCUGGCCGACGAUUUACUCCUGGAUAUGAUUAAACAGGAUUAUCUGCGAAAUGGGAUCGAAUUGAUUGUUCUGUACUCUACGCUGCAUGGAACUGCACUAGACGAGAGUGUGAAGCAGAUCGCACUCGAGCCCCAUAUGCCUAAUCUGUUUGAUGCGCCGGAAAAAUCGAUCGACGAGAUGAAGCAGGACGAACAAUUCCUAGUCAUAAUUGAACAGUUUGUGAAGGAGCAUGCGACGAAGAAGGUUCAGCUGAACCUCGCUGUACAAGCGUAUCGGGAAGUAGCGACGGAGAAGCUUCGGCUUGCGCAGGGCAUCAGGAGAAUGCACGGCGAGAGCUGAGGCGG